UAAUUGAUACAAAUUUAGUAAUGAAAGGAUUGGCACUUAUUAUUUGUGGUAGAAUUUAAUAUCAUCCAAUCAGUGUUGAGGUUUUAUUUAGACUUAAGCCGGCGUAAUUCUAGAAAAUAGUACUGCGUAAUUCGGCUCGCACCUUGCUGAAAUUAGAUCGCAUUAUAUACGAUUUCGUAAAUAUAUACCCAUUUUCCUAAUGACAAAAGUUCCUAAUUACGUGGAAUAUAUGUUCAUAAUUAUCUUGGAAUCCUCAAAGUAUGGAUAACGUACCGGAUUACGGCUGAUCUCGCACCAAAAACAUAAAGUGACUUUUGCGCGGAUUCAUAAAAUUACCCCAGUCAGUAGUGUUAGUCAAGACGAUCCAACUGAGGAUGCAAUGAGAAAAUUUCCCCGCUAGUCCGAUUUCUAGGUAGGAGGUAGCUUGCUUUGCUACAUGUGGAAAAGAACUAAAAUUCCUAAAACACCGUCAUUUUUACUCUGUUUUCGACAAUUGAUAGUGCUAAAGGAAAUAUAAAGAUUGUGAUAAGACCAUCAGAAGAAGGGAAAGACACACGGGGUUCGCCCUGAAGCAAGAUGACUGCGUUUUUGCCACCGAAUUUAUUGGCUUUGUUUGCACCUCGAGAUCCGAUUCCAUAUCUUCCUCCGGCGGACAAACUACCAAUUGAGAAGCGAAAGAGAGAAUAUGCUGGUGUUUCAGCGUUUUUGAAAGAUUUCGAGGACCCUAAAGACACACCACCACCAACUAGAGUAGAAACCAAAGAUGAACGCAAAGAAAGAAAGAGAAAGGAACGUGCCGAACAAGUUGCCUACAAACUUGAACAAGAUCUGGCCCUGUGGGACCCUAACAACAUACCAGGGGGGACAGAAGAUGCUUUCAAGACCCUUUUCAUUGCUCGAAUUAACUAUGACACAAGUGAAUCUAAACUGCGGAGAGAGUUUGAGGUAUAUGGGCCAGUGAAGAAAGUAGCUCUAUUAAAAGACACCAAGACGGGGAAACCUCGAGGUUACGCUUUCGUAGAGUAUGAACAUGAACGAGACAUGCAUUCUGCCUACAAGCAUGCUGAUGGAAAGAAGAUAGAUGGCAGGAGAGUUCUUGUAGAUGUUGAAAGGUCUCGAACAGUGAAGGGAUGGAGGCCAAGGAGACUAGGAGGUGGUUUGGGUGGAACAAGGAAAGGUGGCGCUGAUGUCAACACAAGAUUCUCCGGACGUGAUGACAACGCUAGAGAAAGGAGUCGGUCUGGUAGUCCAGGUGGUAGAAGGAGGAGGUCUAGGAGUCGUAGUCGAGACCGUCGACGCAGACGUAGCAGGAGUAGGGAGCGCAGACGACGUAGCAGGAGCAGAGAUCGAAUCCAGAUCAAGACUGAGCCUGGUCUUGAAGAUUCCGAUGUCAAAGUUGAGGGUGAGAAACGACGAAGACGCAGUAGGAGUCGGGACAGAAAACGAUCUCGCAGAAGCAGGUCACGUGAUCGAAAACGCAGUCGAAGCAAAGACCGCAAGAGGAGUCGCAGAAGUAGAAGCAGAGAUCGCAAGCGUAGCAGAUCGCGUGAUCGCAAGAGCCGUAAAAGUGAACGCGAAAAGGCUGAGAAGAGUAUCCCCAAUGAAGGUGGAGAUGGCCCAAUUGAUUUUGAUAAUGUUGUUAUUAAAUCUGAGCCCAACAUGGAUGUUCACUAUGGUGGUGAUCCUGUGGAACAACCCAAUGGUGUCCCUCAGGAGAAUGAGCAUGCAGAGGAAUUAAAUAAUGAAGAGGGGGCUGAACCAGCUGGAGAUGCAGAACAGAAUCAGAGUUAUAAUGAGUAUGGAACUGAAGAGCCUAUCAAUGAGUACGGCUCAGUUGAGGACAUGUAGACAAUUAUGACAUCUCAAUGAGGUAGUUAUUUCAUCAGAGUGACUUAUGAUGGGCAUAAUCGAGUAGUUCUGUAACAUCACAAUGACAUUGAGCAAAAUGUGAAAAUGAGACACCGAUCACAUUCUUGGACAAUGACCUCAGAUUUCAACAUACUGGCUAUGUAAAGAAUACUGUACAAGACAAAUCUAAUUGAUUUCAUAUCAGUGUCACGUUGGGUUGAACUGUCAUGUUUCUAUAUAGCACAUUAACCAUUUUGGAUUGUUCACUACACUUACAUCCUGUCGAAUUUAAUUAAUGUAAUUACUCUGAAUAAUGUUGACAAAAAUGUUGCUUGUUUAUAACCAUUUCACUUCUCAGUGUAGAACAUGUGAAACUUGAAUUAUAUUUUAUGGUUGGCCGAUUGAAAUAUUAAUUUUAUGCUUGAAAUAAUAAAUUAUAUAUUCUGUAGGCUAUUUUUGAUAAAGAUUUGAGAGUCAUUCCCAUUUACUGCUAAAAUCAGCUAAUGGUUUUCUACUUAUUUUCCUCAAAAGAUGAAAACCACAUAAUAUAACUACUAGUAGUAAAACAAUUUUGAAAUUGUAUCAUUUAAGAGAUUUUAAUGAUUUGCAUACAGUUAUUGUCAAAAAUGUUGGUAUUUAAUGUCAAGAUUUUUGUUGAUUUUCUACAUCCCUGCUUUUAGUACAUUUCACAGUAAAUCAUAUACAUUGUACUCUAUGUGUAAACUAUUGUUUCCCAUUCUGGAUUCAGGUUAAACCUUAAAAGGAUCUGGAUUUUUAUUUCCUAAAUUAUGUGUAUAAAUGAAUCAUAUGUAUAGUAAUAAGUAAAUAAACAUUUAAAACCAAAUGAAUUAUUCUGUGGAUAACCUUCACUCUCCUUGCCAUUAUCAAUGUGCUGUUUAAUUAUUUUGUUCCUCAUUAUUUGUGACCAAGUAUUCAUUACCACAUUGAUCAACUUCCUCCAAACAUAAUGUCCAGGUCAAUAUUUCAAGGCCGCUUAGCAAAAUUCAUUUUUACGCUGACCCCUAAAAUAUGACAAAUGCAUAUUCUAAGAGUUUUUUUUAAAUUUUUUAUAAAAUAUUCUGGCGCUUCCAAACAUUCAAAGAUAUCAUUGAUUUCAAAUUUGAUAUGAAAACAGAUAUUAAAGGCAGCAUUAGAUCUGUAAGGGGUGACAAAAUUGUAAGCAACAUGUACAAUUGACCUACCAAUCUAUUCUUUAUGAUCUCAUAUAUAUUUCCCCAAAUAUUUGUGAUAUGUUAUAAAUUGGUGAAGUUAA